AUGGAUAAAGCUAUAUUAAAAGGGCUUUGUGAUAAGCUAUACGAAAAACGUAAAAAUGCCGCUUUAGAAUUAGAGAAGGCUAUCAAGAAAUCCAUUGACGAACAUAAUACUGAAAAAAUAGAAAUUGUAAUCAAUGAAUUAUCAGAUCCAGACUAUCCUUUAUCUGUAGAAAAAUCUGUUGCAAGAAUUGCUAGAUUAAUGGGGUUAGCGGCAGUCUCGAUAGCACUUGGCCCUAUUAACUUACCAAGUUAUUUAUCCCACAUUAUACCAUCUGUUCUUAUUUGUUUUGCUGACCAAAAUGAUCAAGUAAGAUUUUACGCAUGUGAGAGUCUGUACAACAUUUCCAAAAUUGCCAAAGGUGAAAUCUUAGUUUAUUUUAAUGAAAUAUUUGAUAUUUUGUGCAAGAUAACUUCAGACCAGGUUUCUUCAGUAAAAGGUGCAGCAAGUUUAUUGGAUAAGCUAAUCAAAGAUAUUGUCAGUGAAUUUGCAUCUAGCUAUGUUAGUGUAGUAAACAAUGAUCCUAAAGAUCUACCACCAGCAACAAAGAUAAAUUCACUCACUGGCGACGUCUUACAAGAGCGUUAUGAACAAGACCCUAAAAAUAAUUUGGCAUUUUCUUUGCCUCAUUUUAUUCCACUACUAGAAGAGAGAAUAUAUGCCAACAAUCCAAAUACUAGAAUGUUUUUAGUUUCCUGGUUACAAGUUAUUUCAGAUUCACCCGAUUUAGAAUUGAUAUCAUAUUUACCCUCCUAUUUGGGAGGCUUAUUUACAUUUUUGGGAGAUUCUCAUAGAGAUAUUAGGGUAGUUACUGCAAAUUUAUUAAACCAAAUAUUGCAAGAAAUUAAAAGAGUCUGCGAAAUUAAAGCUUUACUGAAGGCCAAUUUGAAACAGCAGCCUCAAAAACAGCCAACAAAUAGAUUACCUAGCGAUGACAUUGCCAACAAGAAGAUCAUUGAAGGACCCUUGAUAAGUGAGAGAAAGAAAACUUUAAUGAAUGCUUUUGAGCAACUGUCUAUGGGUGAUUUAGAUGGCACUAAAUCUAAUGCUACUAUUGGCACUACUAAUAAUGGCACUGCCGUUACUGGUGCUAAUACCAUUGGCGCCACUACUGCUACCAAUACUACUAAUAAUAGCAGUAACGGUAAUAAUAGCAAUACUAUAAGUUCUUCAGGAAUAAAUAAGAGUGAAAGUGUUAAUACCACAACAACUUCUGCUGCCUUAUCACAGAAUAAUGAAAAACACGACGACGGCAUAGAGCAACAACAAGUACAGACAAGUGAUCUGAAUUCUGCCACACUAUCUAUAGGAAAUAUAAGAAAUGGCGAAGAAUAUGUUCCCGGCCAAGACAUUCAUUUAGAUUUUCCAAAAAUUAUAACUGUGCUAAUCAAUAGUCUAAAUUCAUCUGAACCUGAUGUUCAAAUAGUAGUUUUAAAGUGGCUAGAGAUAAUUUUGGAAUUAUCACCAAGGGAUUUUUUACAGUGCUUAUCAAGAUUGUUGGCCUUAUUGUUAAAGCAUCUGAGCGAUUCAAACAAAAAUAUCAGCGAAAGUGCUGCUAGAGUAAACUAUAAGUUAAUGGAUCUAACUAGUAAAUUUGACUACAAAAGCUCCAAAAAUUAUUCAUCAAUGGUCAAUAACUUGUCUUUAAAUUUCAGAGAGGGGAAUGCCACUACAAAAGUUGCCUGCUUGGACUGGUUAAUAUUCAUUUACAGAAAAAUGUCAGAUGACCAACUACUGGAUCACAACGAUAGCAUUUUUUAUACACUUUUAAAAUCGCUAUCCGAUGAAGACAAUAGGGUUGUUUCAAAAUCCUUGGAAUUAUUAAGCAUUAUGUGUAGCAAUGGUAACAAUGAACAAUAUUUCCAAAAUUUUCUGGUUAAAGUUCUAGAUCUCUUAAAAAACGAGUUUGGUAUGUUAAAAACUAGGACAAAUUUUAUAUUAAGGCAAUUGUGUGCAAAGCUUUCUGCCGAACCUGUGUAUAAGAUUACCUCACAAUUAUUGGACAAACGUAGCAAAGAUGAUUUACCCUUUGUACGUAUGAUGAUUCAAAUCAUGAGCACAGAUUUAAUUGUUGCUCCUGAGCUAGGACCUUUAAGAAAAAAAUUGAAAAGGAAUGAAGAUUGGUCUUUCUUUAGUAUAAUUUUCAAAUGUUGGUGCCAUAAUCCCUCAUCUUUAUUGAACCUAUGCCUAAUUUCCGGAAAUUAUGAAUUGGCCUACAACGUUCUUCAACAAUUUGUGGAAAACGAUUUAAUUUCUGUAAAUAAUUUAUUACAGUUGGAUAUAUUGGUUCAAUUUUUAGAGUCACCUGUUUUUGCGAGUUUGAGGUUGCAUUUAUUGGAAUAUGAACAGUAUCCGUACUUGUACAAGUCUUUAUAUGCCAUAUUAAUGAUAUUACCACAAUCAAAAGCUUUUCAUACUCUAAACACAAGACUAAACAGUAUAACUAAACUAAUUUCGAUUACAGAAUCAUCAUCUUUAUCGUUAAACAAACGCAAUCUAUCCCAGUCCCAUUUCCCACGACACGAAUCCAGCGCCAGUUCAACGCAGUCAUUAUCUGCAUGCUCUAGCAAAUCAUUGAUACAAAAUUCUUUCCAACUUUUUGAUUUAUUAGAUUACUUCAAAACUGUCUGUGCAGAAGACUCACAAACACUGGAAAAUGGAACUUGUAACAAUGGUAGCGAUUCUAAAACCAAUAAUGAAUAUAACAGAAUGGAUUCAAUACAUACUGUUUGCGAGCCUGACACACAGACAACUGAUGAAAUUGCUACUCCUAAGUUAAGUAAGAGCACCUUUGAAACAACAAAUCCAGCAGAUAUCUUAAACCAGCAUUUAACCAAUUUAGCACCUACAACUGCCGUUGAAGAUGAUUCUGUAUCUGUAAUAUACAGACCGCCACCAAGCUCCAAGCAAGAUUUGUAA